UCUAUCUUAAUAUAAAUUCUUCUCCUUCUUCCCCAUCUCGCCGCCUCUCCUAUACGUUUUGAACCAAAAACAAAUCCGAAGAUAGUCAGGGAACCCAAAAGGCCAAAUCUCCUCCGUAAAGUUUGGCCUUUGGGCAUAUUUUCUUCCCCAUUUGCUUCAAAUACGUUGCUUUCUCCUCUGCACUUCACCGUCUCACCGCUUUAGAUUCUCCUAUUUUCACGGCAAUGGUGUUCUGGGUUUUUGGCUAUGGGUCAUUGGUUUGGAACCCAGGAUUUGAAUAUGAUGAGAAAAUCAUAGGCUUCAUCAAGGAUUACAGGCGUGUUUUUGAUCUGGCCUGCAUUGAUCACAGAGGUACGCCUGAACUGCCAGCUAGAACCUGCACUUUGGAAGAGUAUGAAGGAGCUAUAUGCUGGGGUGCUGCUUAUUGCGUUCGAGGAGGCCCUGAAAAGGAAAAACUUGCCAUGGAGUAUUUGGAGCGGAGAGAAUGUGAAUAUGAUCAGAAGACCCUUGUAGACUUUUACAAGGAAGAAGAUCCUUUACAGCCUGCUCUAACUGGAGUUAUAGUUUUCACAUCUACCGCUGACAAAGUAUCAAACAAGUACUACCUGGGGCCUGCUCCGUUGGAGGAAAUGGCUAGGCAAAUUGCAACAGCUUUUGGACCUUGUGGGAACAAUAGAGACUAUCUCUUCCUGCUGGAAAAGGCUAUGUUUGAUAUCGGUCAUGAGGAUGAUUAUGUUAUAGAGUUGGCCAAUGAAGUGAGAAAAGUGCUUGGAAUUGUUGAACGAGAGAUUCUCAGGGAGAAAAAGUUAAGUGGGUCAACCCACAUUGCUCUGAAAAAAUCCCAUAUUCCAGCCCUGCAACUCCAUCGUCUCCCGGAAGCCAUUGCCACAGAUUUGUAGGCGUACAAGCUUGACACUUGAGGAGAAAGGAAAGGACAACACACAAAGCUUAGCUUAGCAUAGCUAACCCAAUAAAAUUACUCUUCUUUUCUUAGAUGUCAUGUCGGUUUGUUCAUUUAUCUGAGUACUGUGUUAUUAGGAGGCUUAUGAUCCAUCUGAUGCAAUUGAUACACAAACUCCAUUUUAACUUAGAUUUGAGGCUGCUUAGAACAAGAGUGGUUUGGAAUUGAGAGGAAGUGCUAACAAGAGUCUAGUGCAAUACACAAUACAAAAUAUAUGUAAGAAAGUGAGGUUGAUUUUCAAUUUCCAGCCAAGAGGAGAAUUUUUAAUUGGCAU